UAGGGCGUUGAGUGGGCAUGAGACGGCUCUGUGGAUAGAGACAUAGCCAUGGCACCAGUGGGUUUUCAUUUACAGUUACAUUUCUCCAAUAAUGUCAGCGUCAGGGCGAGUAGUCGCACGAAAGUAGAGCCCAGUCCUGCGCCUAAAGCGAUUCCCCACAUCCAAUUUAUUCGGGCCUCGGCAUCUCGACCUUCCCCCGGACUUAUAACUAAUCAACAACAUCACUUCAACAACUGUCCUCAAUCCACCCAUCCAGAAUCCCCGACUUUGUAAUUUGAAUCGUGAGGAAAAAAGAAACCCUUAUUAAUAUAUUAAUCGAUCAGAAUGACAUUCCAAAUCCCUCCCCCCCAACCGCAAUACUCCCGCCUCAGCUUCCCCACCCCGCACGUCCUUCUCGUCACGCUCUCCCGGCCACGCGACCUCAACUGCAUCAACGGCACCGGCCACGAGGAACUCCACGCCAUCUGGGAAUGGAUGGACGAGGAGCCGAGUAUCCGCGUGGGCGUGUUGACCGGUGAAGGGAGGGCGUUCUGCGCUGGGGCUGAUCUAAAAGAAUGGAACGACUCCCAAUCCCAAUCCCAUUCCCAGCAGCAAAAGUCCCCCCGACAGCCCGCCACCGGAUUCGGCGGGCUCUCGCGCCGCGGCGGCAAAAAGCCCGUCAUCUGCGCCGUCAACGGCCUCUGUCUCGGCGGCGGCUGCGAAAUGAUUAUCAAUGCCGACCUGGUGGUCGCCAGCCCCAAGGCGUUCUUCGGGUUCCCCGAGGUGCAGCGCGGGGUGGUGGCGAUUGCCGGGGCGCUGCCGCGGUUGAUCCGGACGGUGGGACGGCAGCGGGCGAUGGAGAUGGUGCUGACGGGGCGGCGGGUGACGGCGCAGGAGGCGGAACGAUGGGGGUUUGUGAACGAGGUGGUUGCCGCCGAGCAGGACGUGGUGCGCAGAGCGCUGGAGGUGGCGGCGCAGAUCGCGGGCAACAGUCCCGACGCGGUGAUCGUGAGCCGGGAAGGGGUGAAGAUGGGAUGGGAAGGAGUCGGCGCGGAGGAGGGCAGUCGGUUGCUGGUGGAGGGCUGGUCGAAGAAGCUUAACGACGGCGAGAAUAUCAAGGAGGGAUUGCGGGCGUUUGUGGAGAAGCGGAAGCCCGUCUGGCUGGAUAGCAAGCUGUGA